UGGAAUAUUUGAGGAAGUUGAUUUCCGAGACCAAUUAAACCAACUUUUUCCGGAAGCGGUAGGGGGAGUUUUUGCUGAAAAUGAGAGUAAAAUCUAUCAAUCCGCUAAUCCUCAUUUUUCAGGUUGGGCAGAAAUAAUUGACGGUCAGGACGGAAACAUGUAUCUUUAUGUGGGUGAGAAAGGGUUUUGGGAUUUACUGCCUGGUUGUUUGGGUUUAGUAUUAGGAUUGGUGUUUGGGGUA